UAAAGAGCUUCUCUAAUCAGUAAUGGUACACAGCUUACAGCCUUGGUUAUGGAGCCUAAGGUCCACAAUUGACAAUUCCAUCACCUGGCCCUUAUUUCAAACUUGUGGGACUCACUUUUCACAGCAAGGAAGAAGAAAUGAUGUUGCAGAGCAGAGCAUGUGAUGACAGACGCGGCAAGAUGGUCAAAAAAGUUCAUUAAACAGUAAAUAAACUUAGCCUAUAUGCCAAAUGCCUAUCAGCCUAUGUAGGAAAUCACGGAAGAAGCCAUCAUUCCAAGAAUCCAAAUAACCCAAAAGCAAAUCCCUCCUCACCAGUUACCAUCACUCUAUCAGUUCUAAGAUUCUCCAAUCUCCAUUUUCCUUUCUCUUUGAAGUUUGGUAGUUUUGAAGCUCUGCUGAAACAGUAAAACAGAGAAAUGCAGGCUUGUGGAAGACUAGUAUGGUCGUUCACCGUUGUGUUUGAGCUUAUGUCGCUGUUAACCUUACUAAACCUGAAGCCUGUCCAAAGCCUGAGCCCACCUACUUUAUGCCGCAGCCUAUGCGGAGGGAUACCCAUAAACUACCCAUUCGGUGUGGACGAUGGUUGCGGUGCGCCACAUUACCGGAAAAUGAUGAAUUGCAGCGGCGAUCUGUUCCUAAUCACUCCGUCAGGCUCCUACAAAGUCCGAUCAAUCGAUUACGACAAGCAGACGAUGGUGAUCUUCGAUCCAGCGAUGUCCACGUGUACAACGCUUCAGCCCCACCACGACUUCAUCAUGACGGAGAUCCAGUCGGUGGUAAUGCCACCCUCGUCGGAUACCGUUUUUGCUCUCCUAAAUUGCUCUAUCGAUUCCCCUGUUCUCAACCACUACAGCAACCUCUGUUUCAACUUCUCUGGCCACUCCUGUGAUGAGCUUUACAGUGCUUGUACUUCUUUCCGAAUCUUCCAACAGUUCCAUUCUCUUAGCCCUCCUUCCCCUGUCACUAUAACCCCCAAUCCCUUCCUCUCUAACUUAUCAUCUCCUCCUCCUCCUUCUUCUUCAAUCUCCCUCAAUCCUCCUCCUCCCUGUUGCUUCACGGGUUACGAUACAGUGAAGCUUAUGAGUAUGAACAUACUGGACUGUACGCAUUAUACGACCGUGUACGAUACGGACAAUCUCAAGGGUGUAGGGCCACUGGACUGGUCUUAUGGGAUGAAGCUCACCUAUACUGUCCCCAAUGUCGGCUGUGACCGUUGCCAGAACACCGGUGGCACUUGCGGCUUUGAUACAGAGACAGAAGGGAUGCUUUGCAUAUGCUCAACCUCUUCUAACUCUACCAGAGAUUGUGGCAACGCCUAUCGGGGAAAAGAAAAAGUUCCGAAAACUGUGGGAGGAGGCAACAUGAGCGCAGGCGGAAACUGGGGGCCUAAACAAACUCCAUUGACGAUAUUCCAACUGCUUAUUUUGGCGUUCGGAGCACUGUUUAACAUGAACUUAUGGCAUGUCUAUGUGGUGUAAUUUAAAACGUUUAAUGGAUUAUUUCUCUCUGUGUUACUUGGAAAUUAUUCAUCAUUGGUACAGAAGGUGACCAAAAUUGAUUAACUUUAGUAUUGGUUGAUAAUUUGUCUAUAGAUAAGUGUAGUUUGUUCCAGUGUUUAAC